UCUUUUUAUUUGAUUUUUUUUUUUCAGAUUUAAAAUAAUUUGUAUGAGGAAGUAUUUGUUCAUGGGACCAUAUUCGUGUGUGUAAUUGUAGAAUUUAGAGUUUACCACGUGCAUCGAUCAAUUGACAGUACAUCACAUGUCUUUUGAAGAGCGUUUACUUUAACUUUGAUCUUGACAAGAAAAAAUACCUAGCUUAGAUUAACAGUACCCCAAUGUGACACUGGAACAUUGUCACCUGUAACCAGUUGAGAUCUACAAACCAUGACAAUGGGGGACAGCAAUAAAAACCUGUAUGCCAAAAUGAUUGUGGAUGUUGUCCUGGGACCGGUGCUGGAGAGGCUUGAAAAGAAAGACGUUUCGGCAGCACAGACAUUGAGAUCAGCUUUCACAAAAGUUGACAAUGGACUACCAGGUUUCGCCUAUGACUAUGUCAAGGGGGUCCUAAAGAAGGCAGAAAUUCAUGAAAAGUUUGAUCUUUGUGAAACAUUGUUGAGGCUUGGUGGAUCACAGGAUUGUGAAGAACUACGCAUUUCCAGACAAGAGCCCACAUUCCAAGAACUGAACAAAUGUGCUACAGCUUUAAAGAAGAUCCUUAGUCGAAUUCCAGAACAGAUUUUUGACAGAAAACAGUUCUUAGAAACAAUCAAAGAAAUAGCCAGUGCGAUAAAACGUUUACUUGAUGCUGUAAACAGAGUGAUUGCAGAGGUCCCGGCAGCAGAUAAUGGCAGUAAACAGGUCAGUGAUCGUAUGACCAGUGGAAUAUUAAUGGCCUGACAUUAGUGUUUUCUGCAAUAUUAAAUUUAUACUUGCUUAUAUAUGGAUUUCAUUUUUGGUGAAUUUUUCUUAUUUUUAAUAUUGGCUAUUGCAUCCCAACAACAUUAUUGUUGACAUAUGAAUACAAUCUAUGUUUCUACAUUAUUUACAAAAAGAAAAAGAUAAUUUGAUGCAUGCAUUUCCUUUAUCCUUUUUUUUGUUGUUGUUAUUAUUUUAUGCAUUUUCUUUGUAUACAAUUAUUAUUACCAAAGACAUAUAUAGUAGAUAUUAGUAACUUCCCCAAGUCUCAUAUUAUCCUGCGGUGUUUCAGUAAAAAUGCACACCCUGAUUUAAAUCACGUAUACCAUCUUAUUAAUCAAAGAUAUAAAAUUAAAACUUCCAAAUUCUAUCAUCUAAAUAUUUAAAGAUUAUGAUGUUUUCAUAAAAUAUUUCACUUCAAAGUAAAAUGAAAGUGGAGUUUCCAAAGGAAACAUGUGACCCAAAUUUGGCCUAAUUGGUGAGAUUUCAGGAAUAUGUUUGAUGGUACGACUUUUGUUUAUUUUUUUUGUAAUAGAAUUAACUUAUUUAUAUUUGUAAAUAAUUUCAUAUCUUGUUAAAAUUCCAAUUUAUAAUAGGAAUGAAAUAAACUUAAUAUAAUAUCAAUUUAUCAAACCAAUGAAUAGAAUUAAGAAUGUAUAGGUGGGGCUGUAAUAAAUUUCAAGCAGUGAACAUGUCACUGAUGGAGCUGUGUAUCUAUCUCUGCCAAUACUAUUAUUUUUUUAUGGGGGAGGGUGCACAAUGUUUGUUUUUUUUUUUUUUUUUAAAUUAAUUGAGAAUUGAAACGGUCCCCCCCCCCCCCCCCCCCCCCCCCCCCCCCCCCCCCCCCCCCCACUGAAUUUCUAUUCUACUCUCAAUUGUCAUAUUAAUUGUAAAAUAUGUUGCUUGUACAUGCAUGGUUUAAAAUCGAACAUCUGACAAGAAAGGUAUCCCAAUUGUAUGUCAUUGUUUUUUUCCCCCCACAAAUUUUUUUGUCAACAGUAAUGUUGUUAGGGUUGUACUUGCAAGUUGUGUUUUUUUAUGCACCCUUUCUUUUUGUAUAUAUUAACACCAUAAUUAAUUAUUUCAAUAUAUAACACUUGAUUAACGAUGAAGUACAGCAAAGUUUGAAAUUAAUCAUGUGAUUUUUUGAACCCCUACUGACAUAAUUGUUGUCCUCACAACAGAAACUUCUGGUAAGUGGUUCUUCCAUUAUCCGGCGCACACCUCUUUCAGACUCCGCACUCCUUAUGUAUAUAUGUUAUGUGUGCAGAUCUGCAUAUUGCUUAACUUUCUAAUCUACAUGUAUAUAUGAUCUUUGUGUAAAUUACAUUCAUUACAAGCAAAUUACACAUGACAUACAUGUAUAUAUAUCUUGGAGAAAAAAACCCACAAAAACAAUGACACACUUUUCCAAUAAGUAAAUCAUUAUAGGUAGCUUGGCUUAUGAUGAUAUAAAAAUGUAGUUGUUCAUUGUAUAUACAUAUACAUCAACACUGCUGUUCAAUGGUCUUUUUAAAUUUGAACAUUUUAAGAAGUAAAGGCUAGGACCAAGGAAUGAGAGGAUGCCUAAUAGUUUUAAAAAUUCUAUGAAAAGUGAAAAAUCUAGCAA